AUGGCAGACAAGCAAAGGGUCAUCCGGCUGUCCACUGAGCAACCCAGCUACGUGGUCUGUGUGCUGGGGACAGAAAUCUCUGUAGACAUCAAAGGAUCCACCCCAAAGGGUGCCACUUCAUUCAACGUCCGGGGAACCGCUGGACUUAGAGUCUACGUGAUCUACAACCCAAAGCUUGUCACAGCACCUGAAGGUACAGCUACGUGGCCGCUCGAUUCAGGCGUAGAGGUCGUAGUGGCUCUGAACGGUCCCAGCAGCACCGUCAACGAUAACAAGGUUCGAGUUUCAUAUUAUGGGCCCACAGCGGACACACUUAUUGCCAACGCAUGGCUGUACAUCACUUCUAUAGCUAUCUCCCUGGAUGCUGACACCAGCCGAACUGGAGUGGUGGAGACCAAUGCAAGCAACAAGACAAAAUGGACCUGGGGCCCAAAUGGGAAAGGAGCGGUUCUGCUGGUGAACUGCGACCGGGACGGCCCGAGCUCUGGGAGCAUGGACAACGCUUAUCCAUACGUGCGGUCCUACACAGAUCUGCAAGACUUGUCGCUCAUGCUCCUGAACACCCAUGGCCCCGCCGGGGUCUUUGACAGCCACAGACUGGUCCUCCACAUCUCUACGUUUGAUGCGGCCAAAGUGAGAGUUUUCCAUGCUAACGGAAACGCCUCGCUUUCCAACUAUGAGCAUGUCUUGGGAUCCGACAAGCUCUCCUACACGGUGGGGCGCACGGAUGGAAAAGAGCAGCGCACGUUCUACGUGGAGGGGCUAGCCUUCCCAGAUGUAGACUUCAAGGGCUUGGUUUCCUUGAACGUCACCCUCCUGGAGCAGUCUACCACCCCAGUUUUCACAGACACCGUGGUUUUCCGGGUGGCUCCCUGGCUAAUGACUCCCAACACAAUGAAGCCUUUAGAGAUCUUUGUCUGCAGCAUUGAUGAAGGCCGUCACCCCAAUCAGAAAUUCUUGGAGGCCAUCAAAGCCCUGGCAAAGAAAACCAACUGCAAGCUCACAGUUUGCCCAGAGGUCGAAAACCGGGGCGAUCGGUGGAUCCAGGAUGAGAUUGAAUUUGGCUACGUAGAAGCCCCACACAAGUCGUUCCCUGUUGUUUUCGACUCCCCCAGGAACAGAGGCCUCAAGGAGUUUCCUUUCAAGAGGAUUUUGGGUCCCGAUUUUGGGUAUGUGACCCGAGAACCCAAGAAUGGGUACGUCUCCGGCCUCGAUUCAUUUGGGAACUUGGACAUUAGCCCUCCUGUAACGGUCAAAGGGAAGGAAUAUCCCCUUGGAAGAAUCCUCAUUGGCAGCAGUUUCCCUGGGUCUGGCAACCGGAGAAUGGCCAAAAUUGUCCGUGACUUCCUCUACGCCCAAAAAGUUCAGUCCCCAGUGGAACUCUAUUCUGACUGGCUCACCGUGGGCCACGUGGAUGAAUUCCUGACCUUUGUUCCUGCUCUCGACAGGAAGGGUUUCCGGUUGGUUUUAGCCAGCCCCUUGGCUUGUUUGAAGCUGUUCAAAGAGAUGCAAAAAGAAGGUUAUGGGAAUGCUGCCCUGUUUGAAGGUCUAGGGAGAGUGGGAAGAAUUACUCUCAAUGAACUCCUAGCAGACAAAAUCUUGCGCAAAGACAGCAAAUACGUGCAGAGUUGCAUUGACUGGAACCGAAAUAUUUUAAAGCGGGAAUUGGGCCUGAGUGAACACGACAUCAUUGACAUUCCACAGCUGUUCACGCUAGAAGGAUCCACAGCGACGGCGUUAUUCCCAGAUAUGGUGAACAUGCUUGUCUUGGGGAGACACCUGGGAAUCCCGAAGCCAUUUGGCCCCAUCAUUCAUGGCCAGUGUUGCCUGGAAGCGGACGUCCGCUCCCUGCUGGAACCCUUGGGCCUGGUAUGCACGUUUAUUGAUGACUUCUUCUCCUACCAUGUGUUGUCCGGAGAAGUCCACUGUGGCACCAAUGUCUGCCGGGAGCCCUUCUCCUUCCACUGGUGGGACAUCAUCCCCUGA